GCGUGUGAAGAGUAGGAGGAGAAAGGGCGGGAGGGAUUUGGCUGUUCUAAUAUUUCCACAUUUCUUUGUUAAAACGCCAUCGUUUCAUCCCUCCUCCUCCUUACUCCUCUCAGAUGGAAGGUGAGGUGGGACCCAUCCCCGCCGUAGCGGCAUCAUCUCCACCGCCGCCGCUGCCGCAUGAUCCUACUUUCCUUCCCGUUGGAUCCCCCGAUGAACCCCUGCAUGAUGACGCCCAAGCUCUGGCGUCUGAUGAGGAUCACGAGGACGAGCACGACGACGUUGCUGACGUGGAACACGAUCUUGAUCAAGAUCAGGACCAGCAGUCUGGGCCAGCUGAUCGAGCCGAAGUUCUUAAGGCAAAGAUCAUUAAACAGGUGGAAUAUUACUUUAGUGAUGAGAAUUUACCCACUGACAACAAUCUGAUUGGUUUUAUCAAGAAAAACAAGGAAGGUUUUGUUCCCAUCACAAUCAUUGCUUCCUUUAGGAAAAUGAAGAAGCUCACCAGAGACCAUUCUGUUAUUGUUGCUGCACUUAAGGACUCUUCCUUUCUGGUUGUUUCGUCAGAUGGAAAGAAGGUGAAACGCCUUCAUCCUUUUCCAAUUUCUGAUUUUAGGGAUCCAAAGUUAUGCACUGUUCUGGUAGAGAAUCUUCCUGAGGAUCAUUCGGUAGAAAAUAUCAGACGAAUAUUUGGUGAAGUUGGCCGUAUAAAGCAUAUCGCAAUUCGUGAUCCACAUGUGAUGGACGAGUCAAGAAAAGGUAGCAAUCUGAUAAGCAGCAAGCUGCAUGCUUUGGUGGAAUAUAACAGUGUUGAGGCUGCGGAAAAAGCUGUGGGUGCAUUAAAUAACGAACAAGACUGGAGAAAUGGCUUGCGGGUCAAACUUCUUAAGCAUUCGGUCAAACAUGGACAGAGAAAACCUUGGAGGGAUGUGGAUGUUGAAAAGCAUAAUAGUGGCAGAGCAUCCAAUCAUAUGGGAGAUGAGGGUAAUCAUCACUUAAGUGAGCAUCAUGACGAUACACCUGAUGAAGAGGAUGGAGAUCAUUUAUCCAAGGAGAAAAAUGGACAUAGAAGUCGCAACAAUCGAGGACGGCAGAGAAGGAACAACAAAUAUCGUGCCACUAAUGGGCUUGGUCAUGGAUCCACCUCUAGUGCACAUACCGUUGAACCUUCAAAGCCACCUCCCGGCCCUAAAAUGCCGGACGGAACCAGGGGAUUUACAAUGGGAAGAGGCAGGCCUCUUGUACCUAAUCAAAACCAACACUCAGUUUAACUUAUUACACAUAUGUACUACUAUGUAUCUCAAAGAAUUAGGGUGAAGUUGAUGUGAUGCUGCUUUAAUAUCAGCAGUGUGGAAGAUGAGAGCGGAUGUUUUGUACUGCUCGAUUGUUUCCUUUCAAUUGUUUUUCCGUUGAUGUUUUGCAUACGAAAUCCAAACAAUCAAUCAAACAAUUCAGCAGUACAGGGCACUUUUUAUGAGUCUGCUUUAUCAAAUUUGUACAAAAGGAAACAGAACACUGAAAAUCUUGUGAAAAUUUACAGGCCAGUGACAUCAAUUUUCAUCA